GUCAAUCAAACCUCCUAUCUACCUGCACCUGGAAUAAAUUAAAAACCAAAUAGUAUAGACAUAGCACAAAUCAUAUCACUAUAUAGUAAAAGAUUUGUUGAUGACUGCUGUACUAGUCACGGGAGCCAAUGGAUACAUUUCACAGCACAUAAUCCAACUACUUCUCCAACAAAACUAUACUGUAGUGGGAACAGUUCGGUCAGUCGCCAAAAAAGAAAAAUACGCUGCCCUCUUUAGCUCCUGCAAUCUUACUAUUGAAGUAGUACCUAAACUCGACACACCUCAUGCCUUUGACUUUGUGUUUGGAAAACAUCGCGAUAUCACCGUUGUUCUUCAUGUUGCAACACCAGUGAAACUGUAUGCUGUCAAUUAUGAUAGCGAGAUAAUCAGUCCUGCCAUAAAUGGAACUACAUACCUUCUCGAAUCAAUCAGGGAUGUUGCGCCACAAGUCACACGGGUGGUGUAUACUUCAUCGGUUGCAGCUUUAGCUCAUCCUAGUGUGAUUUAUUCUACACGUGGGACAUUCUCGGAACGUGAUUGGAAUCAAGUAACGUAUGAGCAAUCUAAGGAGUCACCACGACUAGCAUAUUACUAUGCUAAGAGAAUAGCAGAACAAACUGCUUGGGAAUUUGCAAACUCCAGGGUGAAUUUCAGUCUAAGUACAGUAUUACCGGGUGGGACAUUUGGCCCAUUGGUGUUUGAUAGCGAUGUAGCCGAUCCAAUGCCUUCUACGUCCGAUUACCCUAUUCGUCUACUUAAAUUACGCAGGGAUGAUCCGAUUCCGGAAUUUGGCGCAGGGUUCAUUGAUGUACGUGAUUUGGCCCAGGCUCAUAUCUUGGUGAUGGAGAGUGAAGCUGCUAGAGGCAAACGUGUCGUUGUCGAAGCUGAAAUGGUUGAUAAUCAUAUCAUGCUUGAUAUUAUCCGGCGAAAUUUCCCCCAGUUUAGAGAUAAGUUGCCGGAGUGUAACCCAGAUAGCUCCCAAUUCAUCGAGCCAGAUAUUGCACAAAGUCGUAAGAUCUUACUGGGGUUGGAAUUUACUCCGAUUCUGAAAACGGUGGUGGAUGCCGUUACUCAAGUACUACGAGCCCGCGAGUCUGACGAUUAAGCAUUAAUUAAUUAAUUGUGUAUACAAUCUAUAGAAAGCGGAAACAAAAAAAAAAUAACUGUACAAGAUUUGACAAAACUCUACUUUCUUUCCUUGAGUCCUUCUGGCUUUGGAGUGUCACUUCUUCCAGUGACAUAGACAUAUUCGUUAACUUGAGCAGCAACACCACCUUUGACUGACUUGACAAUCUUGGCCUUCUUGGAACCCUUUCUCUUGUAGACAUCAAUGUAGAAUGCAAUGAACAACACCAAGUAGGACGACAAAAUAGCACAUCCAGAAUAAGCAGCCAACAUAGUACCGGCACAGUCACCACACACAGGCAACACAUUCAAGUAUUGUUGGAAAUAGGUGUAGACAAUCUUGUUGUAGGUGGCGAAAUAAACAAAACCCAAGUCAAGAACAAAUUGGAUGAUUUGGAAUCUAGUGACCCAUUCCUUCCACCAAACUCUAAUACCUCUGGCUGCAAGGAAAUAGUACCAGUACAUAACGACAUGGACACCCAAGUUCAAGACAAUAGGAACCCAGGAGAUUGGAGUAAGACCGAUUAAUUGGGUGUAACAUAACAAAGCGGUGGCUCCGUGAUGGUAAGUGUGUAAAAAUGUCAACUUCUUUUGCUUAACCACGAGGAACAAAGUGUCAAUGAAUUCGGUGAAUUUACACAAGUAGUUCAAAUAGUACAAACAAACUAAUUCUUGGGACCAAGCAUUUGGGUGACAGAUGGCGUAGUAUAAACCAUGGUGGUAAAUCAUAGGAACUAAUUGUUCAACCAUCAAUACUAACAAAAGAAGAGAUACACUGGUUAAGAACAAGUUGUGGAUUUGGAAUAAACCAUUCAAGACGAAUGGCUUGAUUUGGAACUUCUUAAAGAUGAAGUCACCACCGAAAAUAACAACAUAGUAAGUGGUGAUACCAGUGACAACAGCAGGCAAGGUGGAUAAUGGUAAUCUGGUGUCGAAUGUGAAUUGGGAUGGAACAAAAGAAUUAUGGGUUAAUGAAGCAACCAAGGUAUCGAAAAUAGGCCAUAAUUUAACUCCAAAGGGAGUGUCCCAAGUAGGUGCGGGAAUAGCAGACAUGUUACAACGGGUAGUUAAUUUAAAAAAAGAAGGUAGGUAGUUGGAAAGGUUGAUUGGUAAUCAAAGAAAAGAGGGUGAAUUUACUGGCAACUACAAAACCAUUUAACGUGUAAAUAU